AGCGCAGUGCGCGCAGCACGUUCCCAUCUCUGGAGGGGUUCCGCCAGGCCAGGCUGAGAGGGUUCCGCCGGGUCUUCUGCCACGCUGCGCCAGUGUUCUUUAUAAGGGGGAUUGCUAAUAGCGAGACCAGGGAGUAUUCGAGCCUGAGUGUGGAGCCCUGCGAGGGGGAGGAGAUCGUUGUCACACUCUUCUCCAUACCCGCUACUGAGGUGCCUGCAUUCAUGGAACGAGAGCAUGAGUUCCGGUUCCUUCUUGUUCCUCCCAGCAAAUUAUCACCACUAGCAGCAUCACCAGGCUCAGCAGCAGCAGAAUCAGCGUCACUAGCACACAAAUUAACACCCGGCGCAGUCAUCUGCAGUCGCUACAGCGAUCAAGAGUACCUUCAAAUCCGUCUCAAAGGCGACACAGAGGAGUAUGAGCGGCAGUACGGCCGGUGGGGCGUGGAGAGGGUGUGGGACGACUCAUUACUUCCAUGCCGCGUGUACCUGCGACACUGUGUGCUGGCAGCGCAAGGGCUAGGAGAAGAGGCUCUUGCAAGUUUCCUGGACCAUACGUUUCUGGCCGACCGCCGGACCACCAUUCGCCAGUACCUGCUUCUGCAUCCAAACAUCAUGUCCGAGCUUCCUCCGCCGAGCCUGGCAGAUAGGUAUGGUGGCUGA